UGAUACAUUUGGGAAACGUCCUUAUUGAAGAGGGAAUGAGAUGCAGGAGCUGCACCUAUGCUUGGUGGGACAGUUCUGCGGCUGUAAUAGUGUGUGUGGCAGAGGCUGCAUAGCUGUGCUGCGACAGAAGCUCCAUGUUAGGAAAUGGCAAAGUAACUGGCAGUGAGGGUGUGGGCAACCAGGGCCACUUGUCGGGCAAGAUAUGCACAUGCAACAGUGAAAAAUAACCUGGAUUACCAUAGACAGACGGGCUCAAUCAAUCUCUGCUGCAUAACACUCAGGAAUGCUCAAAAAUAAAGAAGUCAGGCCUAAGAGACGUACUAUCCGGUACACAUUUGUUCUAUUAAAAAUUACGUUACAAAAAUGCCUCCUAAGCAGAAAGUAAAGUCCCAGAAAAAGAAGACGAAAAAAAAGAAGGAUGUUUCAGGUUCAGUCGAGGAGCGGUAUCGCAGGGCAGCACUGGAGGUAGAUGUCUUACAAGAUCAUCUAGCACUUCGCAGUCAGGUGACACGCCGGGCCCAGGAGCGAAGGGAGGAGCUGCAAGGGAAACUGCAGGAUUUGCAGGGAGACCUGCAGGAGGAAAGAGAUGAAAAACAAGCUAUAUACAGUGAAAUGACCCGUCAGCAUCAAACCCUCGAACAACAGAGUACAGUGCGUAUCCAAAACCUGGAGGGAGAGGUUGCAAAACUCAGGGAGGAGCUAGCCAUUUCCCAGCAGGCACUGCAGAAGCUGCGUGUGGAAUCUGAACAAGUUGCCACUAAGAAAGAUGUGGAAAUUGCUGGGCUGCGCAAUGAGCUGGAGAACAUAGAAUCAGAGUAUGAGGCCCUCAUGCAUUCGUGCCUGGAUCAGCUUCUCUCUAAACUCAGUGUUGCUGAGCAGCAGUGGUCCGGUCAGGCCUUGUGCUUCCAUAAGCAGUACAAGCAGAUGCUCAAAGAUUGCGGCCUUAACCCCCUGGAAAGCUGAUCCAAGGAACCAUGCGGACACCUACAAGUACUGUAUUGAGAAUCAGUCCCUGGACUAUAAAACAAUGAUGCCAAUUAAAUGACAGUUUACAUGUUUUAUAUGCAGAUAGUAUACAGCAGAAAGUAAAUACUGCAUUACACUCUAUGUUUAUAAUUGUGUUUUAUACCCCAUUAAAAUACAAUUUUUUGAGUGUGGUUGAAAACA